CCCAAGCGUCGCUCUCUGACCAGAGAAAGUCUGAACACCUCCUGCUGCUGAGAGGAUGCUGUAGAGGAGCAGAUAUACUCUAUAAGGUACUUCUAAGAACUGAAGAGCAGACAGUCAAGAUGACAGCCAUCGAGAGUAAAGAGGAGAUCAGUGACACUGACAGUGGGAUUAUCGUGCACUCUGGUCCAGACAGCCCCACGUCCCCGGUGAAAGACCUGACCACCAACACCAAAGCCCUGAAGCUGAAGCACCAGUCUCUGGAGGAGCGUCUGGAGCUCUGCCUGCUGGAGCUCAGGAAGCUCUGCAUCAGGGAGGCAGAGCUGACAGGUAAACUGCCCUCAGACUAUCCUCUGAUGCCCGAAGAGAAGCCACCUCGCGUCAGAAGGAGAAUUGGAGCCUCCUUCAAGCUUGACGAAGGUCUGAUCCAUCUGGAUAAACAGGAUUCAGAGUUGCAAGUGCUGGAAACUGACUUGGCCCUGCAGCGGCAGAUUUACGAAGCGGCCCGCAAGCUCUCCCUGGAGGACAAUCUCAGUAAGCCACAGAGGAAGAGCCGGCUGCAGCAGUGCAAGAGGGAGGAGAAGAAGGUGAAGACGCUGCAGGAGGCCGUGUUCCAGCAAAGGAUCAAAAGCGAGUGCAACUCACCGUGCAUCAGCAUCUCAGCCAGCCAAAACAAAGAUCUGAGCAUGUCUGACGACAGUUCCCUGUCUGAUGUGGUGGCCCUGGAUGAUGAUGUGGACUCGCCCAUCCCUCUGUCUCCUCCAGUGAUGGGCACUUCCUAUUCAGACCCCCUCCAGCUGUCAGACACGACUCUUCAGUCGUCCUUACAAUCAUCAAGCCAGCUCAGUGUGGAGUACGAGCGCUCUCCCAUCCAGAACUCUCCUUGGAAAGAGUCCAGUCUGGAUCAGCCCUACCAGAAGGCCACAAAACCUCUGUCUGCUUGCAGCAGCAGGUCCAGUAGUCCAGCAGGAACCCAGGUGUCUGCAGAGACCAGCAUCAUUCCUCUGUCUCAGUUUAUAAAGAACGCAGCCCUGCGUCACAACCACUCCACCAGCGCCCCCUCCACCCCAGAGCUGCAUGUACGCCGACAAUACUCUCAGUCCUUCAGACUUCCUAAAAGUAAGACACCUGCUGACAAGGAGCACCUCAGCUCAGAGAACAAUCGAGGGCGAGCCAGACUGCCCCAGCGGCGCUGCGUAGCUGACUUUAAGGUGCGCUCUCCAGAGUACUCCCCCUUGCGUCCUUACCAGUCCAGCUCAGAGGACAGCAGCUCGGAGCACUCGUCCUCCUCCUAUAUUAGCUCUCCAGGCAGGGACAGACCCACUGAGAUUCCGAAGCUCUGCCCACCGCCUUAUGGAUUCCACUUUGGCGCACAAAAGAAAGGGCACUCCAGCUUCUCCAGCUCACAUAAGAACAACAACCAGUCUCAGCCGAGCCCUGGCUACAUCAGGGCAAUGGCAGAAGAUGGCCCCCUCUCCCCUCAAGACCUGGACAUGGGAACAUGCUUCAUCUCCUCCCCUCCUCCUGUGACACACAGCCCUCAGCCAAGACAGUGGCAAGAGGGAGCAUCGUCUCCAAGGAGAAUCCUAAAGCCCCCUCCACCUUACACCAGGCUGGUGCGAACGCCCUCACUGAAGGAGUACCCAAACCACGCCAUCAGACUGAUGCCCAGGGAGAUCGUGUCAGAGGAGUUGAAGUCCUGGCAUCAGAGGAAUCAGCUGCAGAAGUUACGUCCGAGCUGCGUGGAUCAGCAGAGCCCCCUGAGUGUCAAGAGCCCCACUUCACCUCAUCUGCCUCCAUUUAAACAGGGUUCGGGUAAUGUGAUCCUCCAGAGAGCUGCAGACGGGACUCCAAUGCAGUGGUUCAUUGCAGAGGAUUCUGAGAUCGUGAGCCAGGUGUAACUCGAGACCUCUGCUCCUCUGCAGUGUGUUCAGUAGGAUGUGUUUAUUUAUCUCUGUAUUUAUUAAGGCUCUCUGUGAGAUUGUAUGUUGACAUGAUGCAGAAAACGUGGAGCUAUCGGCGCCCCGAUGAGCACACUUCUCUCUCGUCUUUUAAUUUAAAACUUGUAAGGUGUAAUGCCAGUUUUAUUUAUUUUAAAUUGUUUCCUAAUAGAUGUUUCUAAACCUCCUGAGGUGAAUUUAGGUUCUUACAAAAACAGAUUUUAAAACAAACUUGCUGUGGUUUCAGUAAUUUCUUUGUGUCUGGCACACAUUUUGCACAUGAAAUUAAUCUGCAGUAGUUUUCAAAUAAGCUUUUUCAUUCCUAAUAUAAUUAUUAAUAUUCUACUAUAUUUAUCUGUGAAAGUUUCUCCCUCGCAACAUGAAGAAUUAUUACUAAAAUGUUGAUACACCUUUUAAAAUGUGUUGCUCUUCUUUAUAUAGUUAAAAUUUAACAUCUAGCCAUGACGUGAAGUGAGCUGAAUUUUAACAUUUGCUAUUAACUCUUAAUAAUUAAUCACUGAUGCCUUAAAUGGUGGUUUGAUGAAUGUGUUCACUGCAGUAUGGUGUUUUCUUACUAAC